AAACAUUUAUUGUGCAAACAUUAAUGAAACAACAAUAUUGUGUAAAUGUUAGGACACGUAUUCUUUAUAUUUACAUUUGGGUAUAAUUAACACCCCCGUGGCCCGCGAGCAGGUCAGUCGGCGCUGCCGGCAGCAGGCGGCGCCUAGGACCGCGGCGGCGUCGCUUCCAUGUAUAUAAAUUGGUUGUGAUGGACGCGCUGGAGCAGUCGCGCGGAGGCGUUGGCCUGCCGCCAUGCACCGCCCGACAGUCGCACUGAGGAAGCCGGUGUAAACAGGGCUAUUUGCACGACUCUGAUCUUGGCCAGAUCUUGACCUAUUAACACGCUGUGGAUGUCAGUGAGUGUCGCUCCGCGUAUUUAUAGAUUGGGGCGCUGAAGCUUUUUGUUUCGAGUUCGCGCGCAAUCGGUGUGCGGACGAAGUGCGGACGCGUCGCGUCGCCGCGCGGAUGUAAGAUGUCCGGCCGGGGGAUCAGGCGGAAGAAGUCCUCGCUGUCCGAGGUCAAAGUGGCGGUGGUCGGCGCGCCGGCGGUCGGCAAGAGCGCUCUAACUGUACGGUUUCUUACAAAGCGAUACAUCGGAGAAUACGACCAUCAACAAGACAGUAAAUACAAGCACGAGGUGUUGCUGGACGGCGAGCCCAUCCUGUUCGAGAUCCUCGAUACCUGCCCGAAGAGCAUCGACGAGCUACCCGGCAACGAGAUAGCGCAGUGGGCGGACGGACUGUUCCUGGUGUACUCCAUCACGGACCGCGAGUCCUUCAACUAUGUGCGGCGCGCCAAGCAGAGCCUGCAGCCCGACAUCCCGCUCACGCUGGUCGGGAACAAGGCCGACAUGGUGCAUCUGAGACAGGUGAGUCCCGAGGAAGGCGAGAUCCUGGCGAAAGACUUCGAGUGUAACUUCGCGGAGGUGGCGGCGGCCGAGCAGGUCAACCAGGUCGGGGACGUGUUCCACGAGCUGUCGCGCGAGGUGCUCACCCACCGGCGGCGAGCCAAACACAGCCUUCUCGACAGGAUGCUAGGGUCCAAAACAGCGUACAGGGUCUACUCGCGGGGGAAGAGCGAUAGCGCUCUGCCCAAAGAUUAGAUUCUAUGCAUUUACUGGCUGAUACAAACAUCAGUGCCCGUACUGUGAGCGUAAGAAGCCGGUCCAUUGCGAGUGUGGGAGCAAGACGGCGCUCUACUUCCAUGUUACGGCGUCUCGCUUUCACAAUGACUCGGCCCGCUUUGAGAGCUUUUAGUGAGCCCGUUGUUGUCCGGUGGCGGUCCUUGCGAUGUCCCUUCGAUAUGUUUUCUCAUUACUCAUCACUCUUCUGUCCAAAGUGCCCGAAUGAAAUACAACAAUGAAAAGAAAUGUCAUUCCAUUACGUUUAAUGCUUUCUUUUCAAGAUUAAUUUAAUUUUACUGUCUUAGUCUUCUAGAAGCUUUGAACGCUCGUCUUAACUUUGAGAUAACCAUCACUUUUUCCAACAAAAUGCAAGGACUGCACGCCGGAUAUUUCCAGAUGCGGGAUCAAACAGUAUUCCGCGAUAGUUGUAUGACUGUAUAGCUUGGCGUGUACUAGGUGACAUACAUCGUGACUGGCGAAACUUAUUUGCGACAUUGUACUGUAGACCCAUUGUGCUUAAUGAAUUAGAAUUAAUAUUGUUUGUUGAGUAAGUCAGUUUUGUCGCUUUUUCAUUGAGAAAGCAAUUUAUGAAUUUCUGAAUUUCCCGUUGACAAUAGGCUAGGAAACAUCUUAGGAAUAAAAAUUACCUUUUAAAGUACUAAAUGUCGUUGACUAUCAGAAUACAAGUGUCGGAAUAAAAAAUACAUUUAUCAGUUGCGUAUGACCGGUUAUAUUUGUCUAAUUUGAAUGCCUAUAUUAAUGUAAGUCCUUACUGGCAAGAUGGAAAAGUGUAUCAUAUAUUUAAAAGUUCAAUUUUAGCAUCA